AUGGAGGCAGUCAGCCUGGUCCUCUUUGUGCUGGGCCUCCUGCUGCUGCCUCUCUUGGCCGUGCUGUUGAUGGCAUUGUGUGUGCGUUGCCGAGAGCUGCCAGGCUCAUAUGACACUGCUGCUUCCGAUGGUUUGACCCCAAGUAGCAUCGUGAUCAAACCGCCUCCCACGCUCGCCCCCUGGCCACCAGCCACUUCCUACCCGCCUGUGACCUACCUGCUCCAGAGCCAGCCAGACCUGCUCCCCAUCCCGAGAUCCCCACAGCCCCCCGGAGGCUCCCCCCGCAUGCCGUCUUCCCAGCAGGACUCAGAUGGUGCCAACAGUGUGGCCAGCUAUGAGAACGAGGGUGCGUCAGGGACCCCGGCGGCCCUGGUUGGGAGGAGGCUGGGGCCUGUCCUGGGCUCUGCUGACCCUGUGUCGUUACCCACCCCAGAGGCAGUCUGUGAGGAUGCGGACGAAGAUGAGGAUGAGGAAGACUAUCCCGAGGGCUACUUGAUCGUGCUUCCUGACAACGUCCCGGCCACUGGCGCCACCGUCCCACCAGCUCCUGCGUCCAGCAACCCUGGCCUCCGAGAUAGCGCCUUCUCCAUGGAGUCGGGGGAAGAUUACGUGAAUGUCCCUGAGAGUGAGGAAAGCGCGGAUGCAUCUCUGGAUGGGAGCCGGGAGUACGUGAACGUGUCCCAGGAGCUGCCGCCCGUGGCGAGGACCAAGCCUGCCAGCCGGAGUUCCCAGGAAGUGGAGGGUGAGGAAGCUCCAGACUACGAGAAUCUCCAGAUCCACUGA